UGAUUUCCGGAGGAUGGGAAAGCAGGACCAGCACGAAACCUUGGGUGUGGAUGAUUCCAUGGAGGAUGAUAGGGAUUUGGACCAGAUUAUGGCUGACAGCAGAGCUGCUGAGAUCGAACAACCUUCUCGUUCUCACCAAGACACCAAUGAUGAUGAAGACAGGCUGCCGAUAAGAACUAGAGGUGACAGGCAGCCAAAUACUCCAACCAGCAUGGAUGAUACUGAUGGGAUACACAGUUCACCCGGUAGAUUGCAAGGAGUGAACUUCAGAGAUGAUGUAUCCAUGACUGAUAUGGACGAUGAUGAAGAGAAUGAGGAAGGUGAGUUUAAGAUGUAUAGGGUUCAAGGAACCCUCACAGAGUGGGUUACGAGAGAUGACGUGAGGCGUUUCAUUGCCAAGAAGUUCAAGGAGUUCUUGCUUACUUAUGUGAAUCCAAAAUUGGUUCAUGGAGACUUUGAGUACCUAAGGCAGAUAAAUGAAAUGGUGGCGG